UGCUCCAUAGUACACACUGCAAACUCAUUGCAUGUUCAUUGUGGAGCAGCUCAAACAACCACGGGUCAGGCAUUGGUAAAUACUAGUUCACUUCCAGAAGGGCGGUAAAGGCUGAUUUGAUCUCCUGGGGUGACAACAUUCUGCAGCACGGUUAAGAGAAAAAUCAAAACAACGUUUUGAAACAAAGGAAGGUAUUUCAGUUUAGUUUUCUGUACUUUUCCCAAGCUUUCCUGAAGACAUGACUAGUUCCUGGGUUUGCACAUACCGAAAUUCCAGUUCCACAUCCUGCUGGUACCACUUCAUGCAAUUUACAGAGGCAAAACGUUGCUGCCAAAGCUUUGAACUUUGCUGGUUUGCAAGUUUGUAGUGGAAGGGAAACCUCAUUAUGUUCAGCUGCCCUGAGGACGCGUUGGAGCUCAGCAGGAGUCAAAGCCCUGGUGGUUGGCUCCAGGUGCCCCUCGUUAACUGUCAAUUAGCCCAGCAGGGCUGACCUGCUUUUGGGCACAGUGCGCAGGGCUGGCAGGAGGGGGGGGCUGGGGGCCUGUGUUGGGUGGCUCUUCAGAAAUACAGGCAGUUUGGUGGAUUUUUUGGUCUUUUUUUGGGUGGAGCGGGUUGUUUUUUUUUUCUUUUCUCUCUUACUAAAGUGUCUGCAUGUUGCUUAAGACUGGCUUAUGGCUUUGGCCUGAUUAAGAUUUUUAAUAAGCACAAGUUAAGCAGAAACAAAGUGGAGAAGGAAGCAACCCAGCAAAUGGGAGUUACCGAAGGUUUGAGGAGGAUGGAGAAGAGAAGGAGGGCUGGUUUACUCCUGGAGCUGCGCUGCAGGAACUGGGCAGCAGCUGCUCUGGAGCGUUAAGCCUCCUUACCCGUGCUUGUCCAGGGAACAGUGCUGCUCUGCUGUGGUUGCGACCAUGAGGCAGGAUGAAUAGACCAGUGCAUUGAAGGUCAGCAUCCAGGAAGGUUGUUACCCACGUUAACAAGGCAGGUGAGAAGAUGUAGUGGGCGGAGGGCAGGACGAGACGCCCCGAGCGAGACGCCGUCCCUGCCACGGCCUCACCAUGUCCAAGAAGGGCCCCGGCGGCCGCGCGCGGGGGGACAAGCCGGACGCCUUGGCCGCAUUGCAAGCUGCCAACGAGGAGCUCAGGGCCAAGCUCACCGACAUCCAGAUAGAGCUCCAGCAGGAAAAGAGUAAGGUCAGCAAGUUGGAAAGAGAGAAAAAUCAGGAAGUCAAGCAGAUCAAGGAGCACGAACAGCAUAAAAGUACAGUGGUGGUAACGGAGCUCAAAGUCAAACUCCACGAAGAGAAGAUGAAGGAGCUCCAAGCUGUUCGAGAAGCACUUUUGAGACAGCAUGAAGCUGAACUGCUUAGAGUAAUAAAAAUUAAAGAUAACGAAAUCCAGAGACUCCAGACCCUUCUCAACGCUGUACGCGAUGGGGCUCCCGACAAGGUGAAAACGGUGCUGCUCACGGAGGCCAAGGAGGAGGCCAAGAGGGGCUUCGAGGUGGAGAAAAUCAAAAUGCAGCAAGAAAUCUCGGAGCUGAAGGGGGCUAAGAAACAAGUGGAAGAGGCUUUAACCAUGGUCAUCCAGGCCGACAAAAUUAAAGCAGCCGAGAUAAGGAGUGUGUAUCACCUGCACCAGGAGGAAAUCAGCAGGAUUAAGAGGGAGUGUGAGAGAGAAAUUCGUAGACUGAUGGAGGAGAUUAAAUUUAAAGACAGAGCAGUCUACGUGCUGGAGAGAGAGUUAGGGGUGCGAGCCGGGCAUGCUCAGAGACUGCAGCUCCAAAAGGAGGCUUUAGAUGAACAGCUGUCCCAGAUCAAAGAGGCCGAUCGGCAUCUGAGCAGCCCCAAGCGGGAACUUCCUUAUCCAAGUGGUGCAGGAGACGCCUCAGAUCACUCGGGAAGCCCCCAGUUGGAUGAAAAGGAUGCCCGGCGUUUCCAACUGAAAAUCGCCGAGCUGAGCUCCAUCAUCAGGAAGCUGGAGGACCGGAACGCGCUGCUGUCGGAGGAGAGGAACGAGCUGUUAAAACGUCUUAGAGAAGCUGAGAGUCAGUAUAAGCCCAUUUUGGACAAAAAUAAACGCCUUAGCAGGAAGAAUGAAGAGCUGUCACAUGCCUUACGUCGAAUGGAAAAUAAACUGAAGUUUGUGACCCAGGAAAACCUAGCGAUGAGGCAAAGAGCUGGAACAAUAAGGAGACCGAGCUCUUUAAAUGACCUCGACCACAGCCAGGAAGAAAGAGAAGUGGAUAUCCUGAGACUGCAAGUCAUUGAACAGCAGAACAUCAUCGAUGAACUCUCCAAGACACUGGAAACUGCCGGCUAUGUGAAGAGUGUCAUGGAACGUGACAAGCUGUUAAGGUAUAGGAAGCAAAGGAAAAAAAUGACAAGAAUUCCUAAGAAGCCGGUUGUGGAGACGUUUUUCGGCUAUGACGAAGAAGCUUCCUUGGAGUCUGAUGGUUCAUCUAUCUCGUACCAAACUGACCGGACAGACCAAACCCCUUGCACUCCUGAGGAUGACCUGGAAGAGGGCAUGGCCAAGGAAGAGACAGAACUGCGGUUUCGGCAGCUGACGAUGGAGUACCAGGCUCUGCAACGAGCUUACGCCCUAUUGCAAGAACAGGUCGGAGGAACGUUGGAUGCAGAGCGAGAAGUUAAGACGCGUGAGCAGCUGCAGGCCGAAAUCCACCGCUCCCAGGCGCAGAUAGAGGACCUGGAGAAGGCCCUUGCUGAGCAGGGGCAGGACAUGAAGUGGAUUGAGGAGAAGCAAGCAUUGUACCGAAGAAACCAAGAGCUGGUAGAGAAGAUAAAGCAGAUGGAAGCCGAGGAAGCUCGCUUGAGACACGAUGUGCAGGACGCGAAGGAUCAGAACGAGCUCCUGGAGUUCAGGAUCCUGGAGCUGGAGGAGAGAGAAAGACGCUCGCCUGCCAUCAACCUGCACCACGGCCCGUUCCCCGAGGGGAAGAGCCCUCUCCAGGUGUACUGCGAGGCAGAAGGUGUCACCGACAUAGUAGUAGCAGAGCUGAUGAAAAAAUUGGACAUUUUAGGGGAUAACGCCAAUCUGACCAACGAAGAGCAAGUAGUUGUCAUACAAGCAAGGACAGUUCUCACGUUGGCCGAAAAGUGGCUCCAGCAGAUCGAGGUGACGGAGUCUGCGCUGCAGCAGAAGAUGCUGGACCUGGAGAACGAGAAGGAGCUGUUCAGCAAGCAGAAGGGCUACCUGGACGAGGAGCUGGACUUCAGGAAGCAGUCCCUGGACCAGGCCCACAAGCAAAUUCUGGAAUUAGAAGCCAUGCUCUAUGAUGCCCUGCAGCAAGAAGCUGGAGCCAAAAUUUCCGAACUUCUUUCAGAAGAGGAGAAAGAGAAGCUGAAGAGCGCCGUAGAGCAAUGGAAGCGGCAGGUGAUGAGCGAGCUGCGGGAGAGGGACGCCCAGAUCCUGCGCGAGCGGAUGGAGCUCAUUCAGCACGCACAGCAGAGAAUUAAAGAGCUAGAAGAAAGAAUUGAAGGCCAAAAAAGACAAAUAAAAGAGUUAGAGGAAAAGUUUUUAUUUUUGUUUUUAUUUUUCUCCUUAGCUUUCAUUCUUUGGUCGUAGCCCUCAGGCCGCACACAGGAGCCUACCGAGGAAGCUGGAAUUGCUUCUGCCGUUAGUAACAGGAAGACAGCACUGAUUCCCGAGGCAGAAAAAGAGACAUUGCUGUUUCAGACACCCCAAAUAUCUCUCGUAUUUUGCUGCUGGUGAUGGAAGGAGCAGCCUUUCUCACCCUUUCGGACUGAAGCUCAGCUCGGGUCCGUGGAAACGUCUGCAGCGCUGAAAUCCCUGAGCGAGCGUUUGGAAAAGCCGGAACUAAGCCGACGAAGAGGAAAGCCAAAAACCCCGUCCCUCCCCGCCGCGGCUCCUCCGGGGCCCGGCUCUGCUGCUUGAAGUCGCUCUCAGCUUUGCGUGACGAGCGGUAUCCUUGUUCAGAUAAACUGAAUACAUCUGGGUUCCCUGCUAAGCAGGGAGUAAAUUGCUUCUCUGUAGAAGUGACCGUGUCCUGUUUUCUACGUCACGCAUUUGUAUUUGUUAUUCAUAGUUAUUUAAAAAUCUGUCUUGAAAGAAGAUUUUGGGAAGAGUUCCAGAGGCAGUAACUCAUGAGAAGAUACAUGCGAAUGAAAAUGAAGUGGUUUUGUUCCAAGGUAUUUCUUCACAACACAGGGUGUGUCCGAUGGUUUGUUGAAUACCCCACAAGCCCAGUUUUAGGGAAAAACGUGAAGCCAUGUUCAGGAAAUCAAGCUGGAAAUUUCUUUUGAGUUUGCACUAGACCGUGGCCCGCAGCGCGAUGAGAAGGAUGGCAUCAUGAUUUAUAAUUCGCUCUCCCUGAAUGAUGACAAAAGGCUUAACAUUGUCCCAGCAAAAAGUUCAACUGGGAAGAGAAUUAACGUUAAAACACAUUGUCCCUGAUCUGCACGCUCUGGGCUGGGGGACACGCGAGAGGGAGCAGAAGAUGCUGCCGCCUUGGCCAGGAGCGGGGAUGCUGUGGAGCCCCAGCCCGGAGCGGGCAGUGGAACGGGUCCUCUGCAGAAACAGCUGAAGGAGGAACAAUCCAGAAGAAAUCGCCCAGUGGGAUUGACCGUAUGGGCCGUGCGGGAGCGCGGAGCCGGGGCUGCGGGACGCAGGAUCAGCUCCCGGGGGGCAGGAGACACUGGAGGAGCUGCCUGGCCGUGGAGACGUGAGACAGGAGGAAGACACCAGCUCCUGGCAGGUACCUGCACCGCUUCCAAAGCUCGUGUUGAGUUUGUAAAGCUACGAAGAAAAUCCCCUCACACUGUAAUUGUGAAAACUCUCCAGCCACUUGUACAUCAAUCGUCUGUUUGAACUGGACAGUGUAAACAGCAAAGGGAGCUGAACUACAAAAACAUGAGAAAAUUAACUGUUCAGAGAAGUGUUCUGUUUGUACUGAUGUAAUGUGACAUUCUAAGUCAAAGGUUAUGGAUUCUGAUAUCAGCAAAUGAUUAUAUUAUAAAAGUAAUUGAACAUAUUGGCAUUCUACCAGAUACUAAUGUUGGGAAAACAUUGAUGAGCUACAUUUUUACUUCUGUAUUUCAUGCUUAAAAGGUUGUUAAAUGCCAAGUGACCGGGAGGGUGUUUGGAAGGGGCCUGGAUCCAUUCCAUCGCUGUUUGCUCGGCCGCGCUUUUGCACGCUGUGUGUAUGUGUCUGCAAUUUCAGUUCCAUUGUCCCAUUAAUUAGACUUAGUUAUGGGUUUGGUUUGGUUUUCUUCUUUAAAAAACUAACUGUACAGGACAGGGACAUGUGUAAAUAAGGGAUUAUGCUUAUGUAUAUGUUAAUAUUUAUAUGUAAAAAGAUAUGUACAUAGGAAAGAAAGAAAAAAAUGGCUCAAAGAAUGUUUUCAAAACUGGUUCUUAUAAAUGCAGAGACAGCAUAUUUACAUAAACGUGCUCCUUAAUUCCAACAUUAGGGCUUUCGCUCAAUUUCCAGUCACUUUGUGUUUGAUCCCUCUGGGGUUCGGUGCGAUGGGUCCUUGGCCGUGGCCGGAGCCGUCCUGGAGCUGGUGCCGCCCGUCACCCGCGGGACGAGUGUGUCACGCCUCGUUCGCUCUCUUCUUACCGCUGGCUCUUGCGCAGCUUUUAAAACCAUAUUCUCAAAGCCACAGGAUUGCAGAGGGGUCAUUGCCCUCAUGGUGUCUCUGUGAUGAAGCUUUUCCUGCAGCCCCAUCCUGGGGUGCAGUGUGAGGCAGCACAGCCUGGGGGGUCACAGCCUGGGGAGGGACCCCCACCUGUCCUGCUCCUCAGGUGACCAGCGUGAGCCAGGGACUGAAACCGCUCUGGCUUCUCACCUGUGAGCAUCUCAGAAAUUCCCCAGAUUUCCUUCAAACAACAACAGGACGGGGGCAGACAAACCAAGCGUAUCCCUGGCUGCGUUACCCAUCUGUCGCGACGGCUGCGUUUCACCCGCGAGCCCCGGAGCGGCGUGCGACUGCGGGACGGGGUCCGGGCAGCACCGGGGCGGUUCCUACCCGGUCCCGUGGGCUCUUGUGCCAUGGUCCAGCUGCCGCAGCGCUACACGUCUAAACUGAAAUCCAUGGGAACUGCAGCUGGCUCUGCCACACUGGGGGACUCAGGCCUGUACUCUGUCGGAGGACUGUGGCUGUUCCGGACAGUGUUCUGCUCUAGUACUAUCUGUAGCCUUCAGAGUAUCCGCGAGUGCCUUACACAGCUUGUGAACAAACUCCUGACGCCAAGAGACACGCGCCCGGGAGUCCCUCUGCGUGUCCCCGCGGCACGUCCCCGCGUGUCCCCAACGCCACCACCUCGUGAUGGGCAGCGUGCGCUGGCACCUACAUGGAUUUAGUUUAGACUCAGGAAAUCGUAUUGUGAAUAUGUGUAUUAAACCCUGUACUUAUGUAUUGUACAUUUUAUAAAAAGGAACUAUUGUAAACUUAUGCAAAAUGUAAACCAGAGAAAAUGUUUGGUUUUUUCCCCAAGGGCCAGCGUGCCGUGACUUGUGCUCUCUAAUAUAAUCCUGACAACCAUAUCCUAAAUACGUAACGUUUGGUCAGUGCUGAAACAGUAAUUGACAGGCCUAAAACAGGGCUUGAUUGCUCAAUUACAGAAUUUUACACAUAUUUUUGUAUUGUGAUUCAUAUGAUAUAUAUCAAGAGACUUUCUAUUCAUUUGUAAAAUACAUAAAUUAUUGUAAACUUUUAAUAAAAAGAUCUGUUUUAAACCUUCAAA